CAGCCCGCCCCUGCGCUUUCCCCAUCUCCAGGCCAGGCCAGAGCAGAAACUGCUGGAAGAGGCUGGGGUUGGAGUAGUGGGGAGCCCCCCAUAGCGCCCCCUGUUGGGAGAGGCCAGGCUGGGGUGAUUCUGGGGGGCUGGGGGUGUCUCCAUCUCUCGGGGGUCUAACCGGCUCCGUCCCCCCCCCAGACCCCCUCGAUCCCAGCGUCACCAUGAGCCCUGUCGCCUGGAGCCGGCUGCUGGCGGGAGCGAUCCUGGUCCUGGCGCUGGGGGACCCCACGGCCGCCUGCAGCUGCGCCCUCCAGCACCCCCAGAUGGCGUUCUGUGAGGCCGACGUUGUGAUUCGGGGCAAGUUCAUGGGGGUCACUCCACUGAACUCCAGCAGCAACACCCAGAAGUUCGAGUCCUGGAUUCGCUACAAGAUCAAAAUCACCAAGACCUACAAGGGGCUUGAGUCCCAGGGGAAUGGCCUCUUCAUAGACUCCUUGGAGCAGGAGACCUUCUGUGGGUACCAGCACCGGGCGCCCCUGAACGGGGAGGAGUACCUCAUCAUGGCCGAGCAGCAGGACAAGCACCUGAUUAUUUCAUUGUGUUCCUUCGUGCGCCCCUGGGGGCGCAUCCCCCCCAGCCAGCGCGUCGGGAUCAGCCAGGCCUACGGACGGGGCUGCGCCUGCCAGGUGGUGCCCUGUGAAUUCAGGCCGUGCGCGCUGUCGGGCGACGCCCAGUGCCUCUGGACCGACGGGCUGCUGGACCAGAGCUGGCAGGGGCCCCAGGCCCAGCGUCUGGCCUGCCUGCCCCGCCCCAGCCAGGGGGCGCCCCCCGGGGCCGACCCCUUCUGCGCCUGGGAGACCCUCAAGAGCAGACCCUCAAGAGCAGCGAACUGCCCUGGACUGUGCCCCCUCCCAAAACACCCCCUGGCCUCCACCCCAACCCCCGGAACUGUCACCCCCUCUUCCUUUGACCUACCCUGAACUUUAUUCCCCCACCCGAGCUCAGGCUCGGUUAAAAUG